AUUUUUUUAGGCUACUUUGCACCACAGCACCACAUUGCACCACAGUACCACUCUGUACCACAGCACCACUUUGCAUCACCUCCGGGAGUUGUCCAUAAUGCAAUGCCUCUCUAUGUUCAUCAUGAUAUGGUGGCUGUGCCAUCUACGAUCAAACCAAAAUCACCACCUAAACUUGAAGAUUCUUUACAUUGGCUUGCAUCUGUCAUAAGUGCCAAUAGAACCCUUACUCUACCAACCGGCGUUUUCAAAAUAGGAAAGUCCUCCCUAAAUCUUCCGACUGGUGAUAAAUGUCCUAAAAAUCCACAAGGUGGCGAAGGUACCUGUACGCUCAUUAAAGACUGUCCUGAAGUUUUUACUCUUUUGACUGAUUUUGACACAUACAAACAAUACUUCUGUCCCGUACAAAACAAGUUUGCUGGUGUAUGUUGCCCAAAGAAGAAGACAAGCUGAAUGAUCCAAAACAUGUUUGCGUAAAUGUUAAUUUAUAUUAUUUAAAAUAAAGAUUUAAAAUUUUAA